UAUCCCCCGGGAACGAAACGUCUCAUCGAGGGAACCAACGACCCCGGUGACAGAUGUCUAAUCGUAGAGGAUGUCCUGACCAGUGGCAGCAGUGUUCUAGAAACCACUGAGGUGCUUGAGAAGGAAGGCCUGAAGAUCACAGAUGCAGUCGUGUUAAUGGACAGAGAGCAGGGAGGCAGGGCUACAUUGCCAGACACUCACCCUCUCGCUGCCCGCCUGCUGAAGAUCACAGCAGACAAGAAGACCAUUCUGUGUGUGUCUGCAGAUGUGACUCAUUCUGAGGAGCUGCUGGAGAUUGUGGAUGCAUUGGGGCCACUGAUUUGCGUGUUGAAGACUCAUGUGGACAUCCUGCAGGACUUCACUGCAGAUGUCGCCAGCAGUCUGAAAGGGUUGGCUAUAAAGCACAACUUCCUGAUUUUUGAGGAUCGCAAGUUUGCAGACAUUGGAAACACAAUCAAGCAUCAGUAUGAAGGCAGUCUCUAUCGGAUCUCUUCAUGGGCGCACACCAUUAAGGCCUAUGCGUUGCCAGGUCCGGGUGUGCUGCAGGGUCUUGGUGCAGCUGGCAAGCCUCUGGGUCAAGGCUGUUUGCUCAUUGCUCAGAUGAGCUCGCAGGGUUCCCUAGCAACAGGAGAUUACACUCAAGCAGUGGUCAAGAUGGCUGAAGACCAUAUAUAUUUUGUAUUUGGAUUCAUAAAUGUAUCAAAGAUCAGUGAAAAGCCUGGUCUGGUUCACAUGACUCCAGGAGUGCAAAUACUGUCAGGAGGGGAUGGACUUGGACAGCAGUAUUCAAGUCCAGAAGAUGUGAUCUGCACUAAAGGCUCUGAUAUCAUCAUUGUGGGACGAGGUAUUCUUGCCAGCUUAGAUCGGCUCAGAGCUGCAGAAGAAUACAGAACUGCAGGCUGGGAGGCAUAUCUGAAAAGACUCUCAAAGGCCAGCUAAUG